UUGUGAUUGGGGCUCUGUUGUGGUUUGGCGCCUCAACUGGCGGUUGAUAACGCGAUAGCCGAGUGCGGGGUGCGCCGCCUGUUCGCUAUUGCGUAAUGGAUUGGCUUUUUUUUGUGGCCAGGGGGUUGCUGGGCUGGACAACGUCAUGCGUUGCUUGUCUUGUGCUGCUUACAGUAUUACUACGGAUUACUCCUACGUACUCGUACUCUUGCGUUUGGGGGUUGGCGGUGGGGGUGAUGGUAGUGAUGGGUGUGGUUGUGUGCGUUGAGCCGAUGGCUUAUGACAGUGAAUGUGUCUGUCCAUCAGCAGAAGAUGCGGGUACGAAGCGUUAUUAAUUAUUCUAGCAUGUGCUUGUGGGAUACCCUCGCUCUCGUGUAUAUCCGUACCUGCGUGCCUUUCCGCAUACUCUCGUGUCCCUCGUAUCUUUAUGUUCUCGUGUCCUCGUAGACUACUCUCCC